AUGUUAAAUAAAAAUAAGCAAAGAAGACUUUCCUAUGAUGCCCAAGUCUCAAACAGAGAAGUCCCCAAGACUGAUCUAAUUAACUCACUGUUCUUUGACCUCUGUAACCUCCAAGUCACUGAAGAACAGCUGUUUGAAGCUAUUCAGGAUGACAUUAUGGGCAUAGCCUACAGACAGGAAUCUGGCUUCCUCGAAGUCACUCUUACUGACCAAGAUGCCAUUAAAAGCUACUUCACAGAAGGCCUAAAGAUUGCUGACACACCCAUCAUUCCUCUACCCCCCAGAGACUUGAAUCCAAGAAUCCUUAGGAUUAAACUAGCCAAUGUGCCUAUGCAUGUAAGCAAAGCAUGCCUCGAACAAGAUAUCAAAAACUAUUGGGGGCAAUUCACCUGCAUUAAGGCUAUUGCACCAUAUACCUAUAAGGGAACAGCUAUCCUCACCAGACGAUGGGACCUAAUUGUCCAACUCAAACCUGAGGCUAAUGUGCUAGAAGCUCCAGUGGUAUGGGAAUAUCAGGAAAGCAAAGUCCUUGCAACCUGGAGAGGAGCACCUGCCUCUCAUCAUGUAACCAGCACCCCUGAAACCAACAUACCAAAUGAUGGAGUGACAAAUAAAGCACCAAUUGCCUCAUCUAGUAAAAUACCAAUUGCCUCAACCAGCAAGCAGGGUCUCCCAUCCCACAAGCCCAAUGACAAACACAUCCAGGAAUACAAUCCCAAUUCGAAUUAUUUGCAACAACUACAACAGCAUCAAGAGACCUUUACACAGGAAAUUCUCUUGACCAGGAAAUGGGGGCUCCUAUUAUGGACAAGAGUAUAG